GCGCCUGCGCAGAGAGCCCCGCCGCGACAUAUUUCACGGGGCGGGAACUUAUGUGGCGCUCGCGGCGGAGCUUUCUGGAAGCGGCUGGGGCUCCGGGCGCUGCGCGGCGCUCGCGGCCCCGUCCACCAGCGCGGCGCGGGGGGGUGGGGAAUGCGAUCAGACACAAUUCGGACGGUAGGCGAGCCGCAGCGAGGUGGCGGGAAGAGAAUAAGGAAGGACAGCCCCGCCGUCGAAGAGUGCCGUGCGGAUCUUCUCUGCAGCGUGAGCAGAAAGGUAUGGUGUCCAAAGCACAGGCGACUGGGAGCCCCGCUCCACUUCUGCAAGGAAGCCCUGAGGAGCGCACUAAGAGGAGGCAGUGGGGGCUGCUGGUGACGGGCGCUGUUGGUGGGGCUCUGGUGGCCCUGUACGCUGUGGUCACCCCCUUCUUGGCCCCAGCUCUCAGGAAGGUCUGUCUGCCCUUCGUUCCUGCCACCUCAACGCAGAUCGAGAAUGUCCUGAAAAUGUUGCAGGGCAGAAGCGGCUCUCUAGCUGACAUUGGUAGCGGGGAUGGCCGUGUUGUGAUAGCAGCUGCCAAAAUGGGAUUCAAAGCUGUUGGUUAUGAAUUAAAUCCCUGGCUAGUCUGGUACUCCAGAUACCGUGCCUGGAGAGAUGGGGUACAUCACAACACCAAAUUCUAUAUUUCAAACUUGUGGAAGGUUUCUUUUUCCCAUUAUACAAAUGUUGUUAUUUUUGGGGUACCUCAAAUGAUGCCACAGUUGGAGAAGAAGCUCAAAGAAGAGCUUGAAUCUAAUGCCAGAAUCAUCGCCUGUCGUUUUCCUUUCCCUUGCUGGAUCCCAGAUCAUACUACAGGAGAGGGAAUAGACACUGUUUGGGCCUAUGAUUUGAAAUGUCCUAGAGGAAGUGAAAGAAGAAGCUUGGAAACAACACCAGCGACAGAAUCUUAAACAUCUAAUGUGUUCAUGUACUGAAUUUUUCAGCUUUGACUUCACCGGUUGGAAGAUGAGAUUAACAUGAAAUAGAGACGUGAUAUUGAGGUGUAUAUUCUCUAAAAUAACUGAAGUACGUUGGUUACCUGAAAACACAAAAAGGUUUGGUUAAAGGACUUAAUGUGUUUAGUAAAAAGUAUUGAAAAGUGUUAGUAGAAUCAGAAAACUUUAAUAUGGAAAAUGGGAUAAAACAGGGUUCAGUACUGUUACGGGAAGCAUGUGUGAGUUCAAAUGCUCAAAUUGGCUAGCCUAAAACCAGAGGUCAUUUGGUCCAAGCCCCCUGCUCAGGCAGGGCCACCUGGAGCCAGUUGCCCAGGUCUGUGUCAGACAGCUUCUGAGUAUCUCCAAGGAGAAAGCCUUUGCUGCAUAGUGACUAUGUAAGUUUGUCAGACCUCUGCACAAGUGCUGUCCGGAGAUCUAAGCUAGAACAAGUUAGGGAGUUGCCACCUGGACUGCUAGGCAGUUGUUACCAUACGUAAAAUUAGCUCAGGCCAAGAAAAGCACAGAAAUGCUGCUCUUGGGUCAACACAAAGCCUGUGACGUUUCAUUAGCAGUUACAAAAGCAUGUUUCUUGGGCGUACAGUAUCUGACUUGAAGAGAAGUUGGUUGAGUCACCUUCCCUGGAGGUCUUUAAAAGACAUUCGGAUGUAGAGCUUAGUGAUAUGGUUUAGUGGAGGACUUGUUAGUGUCAGGUCAGAGGUUGGACUAGGUGAUCUUGGAGGGCUCUUCCAACCUAGAUGAUUCUGUGAUUCUGUUAUUUGGGAUGUGUAGUCUACAGGUAAGUCUACAGGUAUACUUGUACUCGAACUUUUUCGUGUGUGUGUGGGAGGGGAGGAGGAAGGAGAAUUUAAAAUAAAAUCCUCACUGAGGAGAUGAUACGGUGCAGUAGAAUGUUUUUCUCCUUAUACUGUAUACAAAACAGGAGAAGAAAGGGGCAGAUGUAUCCUCAAGAGUCUGCAAAAGGAGAGAUGAUUUCAGCCUCACAUAUGGCAAGGCACAGCUGUGAACACUGGGCCUGUAUGUCUUGAAGAACACUGAUUACUAGUAAACCAUCUUUUACAGCAUUUCACUGCAGCGUAGCAUAGUGGGUCUUGUAAAACUACACUAAACUCUUUCCACCAUGAUUUAAGAGUUUUAUAAAUACUACACAAUGAUAGGACUGGGCUACAGCAGCUUAUCUAAAUGUCUGCACUUACUUUAAUAUCCCAAGGCCAUAAAACUGAAAUCUUGGACAAAGGAAGUCUGAAAUUAUUUCCACUAAAAAGAUGGUACAAAGGGGAUGUUGGCUAACUAAGCCAAGAGUCCUUCCCUGAAUGUUUAUAAAGGAGAAAAGGCAAAAGAUUUUGGUAAACUAAGUUGUGACUCAUCUGCCACGCAGUGCUUUCAGCCAAGUUUCUACUGCUUGCUUUCACUAACGGUCACUAAAGUUAGUUUGCAAGGAAUGAAGUAGAUACUUGUUUGGCUAUAUGUUUGUCCAUUGCAUUAUCAGUUAUUUGCCUUUUAAAAAGUAAAUCUGAAUUUCUGAAUUUUACAUUAGUUACCACCUAUGGCACCAGAAAUACUUGUUGAGGAGGGCGAGAUAAGGAAUUAAUGACUUGAUGGCCUGAGCUUUAGGAACACUAAGUGCUGUUCACAAGGCAAGGAGAAAUUUAUGAUGGCUCUUAAAGUGAAGCAGAGGGCUGUUUCUUACUCUGGACAUUUACCUUUUGUUAAGUGUCUACACUGAAGUAUACAGUGGUCCGUAGUUUUUUAUUCCUUAUUACAUAGAGGAAUGCAAUGUGUUUCCUGUUUCCAUGGCUGAAGUGUGAAGCAGAAAGCAAACUACUCUGAUUUACACAGGGGGAUUGGGAAAGCGCUUUUUGUCAUGUCAUCCUCAAUUUUCCUGAUCACUUGUGUUGGUAUUUAAUCAAGAAAACUAUCAAAUGAGCACAACUGUGGCUUCUGUUAUCACAGUAUGGAUUAUUAUGUUGAUACAUUUCCAAUUGCUCAGGUGAUUAUGAUUUCAUUGAUGUGCUACUUCGAAGUACACAUUUGUUACUUAUGGAAACCAAGAAAGCCGUAGAGAACUGGCUUAAUUAAAUUGCAGCACAAGUCUGAAGCCACGAGAAGGAAACCCCCAAGCUACACUGCCGUUCAGUACCGAAGUAAUUCAUAUACUCAGGAAAAAAAACAGUAGUUUAUCUUUGUUUACAUCUUCUAGUAGAAUCACUUGACUUUUGGGAGCUACUUGUUUUAUCCCUUCCUCGUGCUGCCAGAUCUUAGCAAAAAAGCUGCUACAUCUCUGAGUGAGUAAUGCUUUCCUGAAAUCCUGUAGAAUUUGAUCUGUUUGAAAAUAAAAUGGGUCGGCGUUCUUUUGGA